AUGCAGUGCGACUUGACUGGGAAGCAUAAAAAAGAUAAAAAGGUGCUUAAUAAUGAAACCACUGAAGAUGCAAAGGAAAAGAAAAAACGAGAGCUUGAAUGUGAAGCAGAAAAAGAAAACGUGAUGAAGGAAGUCGAACAAAAACUCCCAAAAGCUAAAGCGAAAAAAGCCAAGUAUCCAAUCGAAGAUUUGGAAGUGCCACUUGAUCUAAAAUCUAUGUUUUUAAAAAAACCUUUAUUGAGACAAAGAUUUAGCGUUCCACAAGAAUCUGUGGGAACCAUGCUAGCAAUUUGGAAUUUUUUAAUGAUGUUUGGGAGGUCGCUUUCCUUGUCUUUCUGUACACUUGAUGACUUUGAAUUGUCACUUUGCCAUAAUGUAGCAAAUCCCCGCUGUAAUUUAGUAGUCGAGACGCACGUUGCAUUAUUAAAUGCAAUUAUUAGAGAUAGAUUGAUUUCAAAGGGCAGAAAGCGACAAAUCGUUCCUCGUAAAGUUAUCGCUAGAAAUAAUAGUAAUGAAGAGGACAGUGAUAGUGAAGAUGAAACAUAUUCCUCUCGGGAAAUAUUAAAAAAGUUAGAACAAAAGUGGGAUAAAAGACUAAUUUCUCUUAAUGAUGGACGGAAAGGUUGGGUGAGCGUUCUUAUCGGAUGCAUUCAACAGUUAAGUGCGCACGAGUCCAUGCCGAAUUUGGAUUCCAUACUUUUACGCUUAGUAUCGAGUAAAUUUAUUUUGGAGAAAAAUUUUGAAGAAAAUUUUGCGAUUCUCGAAGUGCAAGACAAACUGCAAAUUCUGAGCUUUUUAGUUAACAUUACAGCAAAGACUUCAACCAUUGAUAAUCACAUUGAGAGUUGUGUAGAAAAAUUAACAGAGCUUAAUAAAGAAAAGAAUAGUAUAAUUAAAAAGAAGCGACAAAUUUUAUCAUCCCUCACGGAGAUUUCAAAAGGCAAUAUUCCACCUGAGCCAGGCUUAGAAACCAGUAUCAAUGCAAAAGACAAUAUCCCACCCGAGUCAGGCUUCGAAACUAGUGUCAAUGCAGUUACAUCGGAUAAUGUAACAGUAAAUAUAAAUGACUUGGUGGGCCAAAAACUUAAGUUGGAAGAAGAACAGGCUACGAUUCAAAAAAGAGAAGAGGAAAUUGAAAUAGAAAAGCGCAAGUAUGCGUUUCCACGAACUACGCCUUUAGGAUAUGAUCGCUUCUAUAAUAAGUACUACUAUUUUGAUUGCAUGGGAGAAGCAGUCGGAGAAAUAUAUGGUGCGGGGAGAAUUUUCGUAGAAAUACCUAGUGCUCAUGAUUUGCAGGCAAUGACUGAGAAAGAAGAACAACGAUUUAGUAAAAGAAGAAAAGUUGAGGAAAAUGAACACAAUUUAAGCUCUGAUAAUCAAACACAAUGGGGAUAUUAUGAAGACGCAAACCAGGAUCUAGUCUCUUCACGCACAGAUCAAGAUUUACGAAGAAGUAGACGUACUAAAGUAACAUUGGCAGUACAAUCAU